GAAAGCUCGACCGGGAUGCGUGGGCGGCGAAUGGGGCGGACGGUGAAAAACGGAGCUGCGGCGGCGGUAUUUAAGAGAGCCGAGCAGAGAUCUCAGACAAGACGGAGCUUAGAGAGCCCGGAGCAAAAGCGGAGCGAUUUCAGCACCACACAUCCAGUGGACAGCGACUUAAAACAGCUCUUAAAACAAACGGACCAAAAAACCCUUCAGAUCAUGGUUCUCAUCUGGACCCAGUUCGGAGUGAAGCAAAAGAAUGGAAAUGUCAAGUGCAAAGUGCGAGUCAUGCACAGGGGUGACAGCUCCGGAUCAUCAUCGUCAGCUGAGAGCACCAAGUCUGAGCAGGACACGCCCUGCCUCUCCAUCAAACCCACAGGCAAGGACUUCUACAAGGUCCUGGGCGUCUUACCUGAGUCCAAUGAAGAUGAGAUCAAGAAGGCCUACAGGAAGAUGGCCCUCAAGUUCCACCCAGACAAGAACAGUGACCCCGACGCGGAGGAGAAGUUCAAAGAGAUCGCAGAAGCUUAUGAGAUCCUGACCGACCCCCAGAAGAGAAGCAUUUACGACCAGUUUGGAGAAGAAGGUCUUAAAAAUGGAAUUUCAGCAGGCCAAGGCAACAUUUUCCGCCAAAAUUUCCAAAACGACCCCCACGCCACCUUCUCCUCCUUCUUCCACAACUCUGACCACUUCGACAUCUUCUUCGGCAGCGACCCCGAUGCCGACGACGACCUUUUCAACCCCUUCCGGCGAUCCACCUUCACUCACCUGGGUGGCUUCGCUGGUUACGAGGCCGGCCUGCGGAAGGGCGCACGGCACCUGUCUGGCGAGGCCGUGGUGCACGACCUGCCGGUGACCUUGGACGACGUGAUGCAUGGCUGCACAAAGCAAAUGAAGAUCACACGCAGCCGCCUCAACCCCGACGGCCGAAGCCUGCGAACCGAGGAGAAGGUGCUGAACGUUGUGGUGAAGAAAGGCUGGAAGGCCGGGACCAGGAUCACCUUCCCCAGGGAGGGGGAUGAGACCCUCAACAGCCCUCCUGCAGACAUCACCUUCAUUCUCAGGGAUCAAGACCACCCAGAGUACAAGAGAGACGGGUCCAACAUUGUCUACACAGCCCAGAUCACCCUUAAAGAGGCUCUCUGUGGAUGCACAGUCAAUGUCCCAACACUGGACAACCGCAUGAUGCCUUUACCGUGCAGCGACAUCAUCAAGCCAGGCGAAGUCCGGAGGUUGAGGGGCGAGGGUCUCCCACUGCCCAAGAGCCCGUCGCAGCGGGGCGACUUGGUGGUGGAGUUCCAGGUGCUCUUCCCCGACAGGAUCCCGCCACAGUCCCGUGAGAUCAUCAAGCACAGCCUGGGACAGUGCUAGCCUGCGCCACUUCUACUGGACACAGCAUCACCAUGUGUCUUUCUCAAUUCUGAAACACAUCCUUGCCUACGGUGCUAAUGUCACAACCAAUCACAACCUCUUAUUGUGCUUGGAAAAGGCAAGCAGAGCUGAGUUGGAAGUCAAAAUGGACUUUAGAGAGGAGACUUUCUGAACUAGUACAAUGCACAACAGCUUUUGGUGCCAUGUGAGUGGUAGCUGUUGGACUAAUGGAAGGUUUCUUAGCUGUCUGAGGCAAGCAUUCACUCAACAGCCUUCUAGACGAAAAGGUGUACAUGUACUGUUAUACUUGCAAGCUUAUGGCAGGAUAUCAGUGUGCUAUUUAAGUCUGUACAGACUUACUUAAACCUGAGUGGUAGAAACAAGCGAAGAAAAAAAAAACACCACCUUACUUCUUUUCUUCUUAUUAUUAUUAUUCUUAUGGUUAUAUGGUGCUCAUAUGACUGAUCUUUUGCAUUGUUUUUUUACAAUAGCAAAAACUACUUGUGUGCAAAGGUCUACUUUGUGUGCAAAAUGAAAAAAUGUUGUCUCUAAAAGAGAUUCACUUGUCAAAUGUUCUAUUGAAUGACUAGAAAAGUUUGUAUAUGAUCUACAAAAAGAACUGCUGAUGUGUUCCUACUUUAUUCUACGGCAUGAAAAUGAAAAUAAAAUAAUAAUGAAAAAAA